AUGGCCAUCGUCUCUAUGUCCAUCAAGGUCACCUGGCACCUCUACUCGGAAGACUCACCUCAUCAUGUCUUCAGCCAAUGGGUCGCCCUUCUCUAUCCACCACCCAUUCCAGGUAUGCACGAUUGGCACCCAACACCCAACCGGACACACGUCAUUAGCGUUCAUUUCACGGACAAGGAAGAAGGUGUCGAGCAAUAUGAGGUCGAACUAUUCCGGACAUUCUCCGAUCAAGUCAGCUAUGGAGACAUCAAGACACCUCGUGAGUUCACGUCGGUCAUCUUUCAACCCCUCGUUGCCAUGAUCGAGUGGCCUGGAUGGCUUACCGAUGAUGUCGACGCACUGAAGGUGGUCCUCUACGAAGACGGAUCCAUCUCGCACUGGGCACCUACCGAGUUCCAUCCUCAGCCCCAAGAGGAUAAUGAUGAUGGCUGGGAGGUCAUACCCCACACCACCAUUCCAGUCUAUGACUACGUAGGUGUCCACAAAGGACAAUGA